AUGACAGACAUCGAAGCUUCUGUCAUCAAUACGCUUUGCAGAUGCAAGCAAGGCGAGAACAAGAAGGGCGGCGAAGAUGGGAAAGCACAUCCACAAAUGCCCGGCGAGACGGAUGUCGAGUAUUUCCUUUGCGGAGAGCCGCCGGAGGAGCCUUUGCCCCCGGAAGAAGUUCCGCAACUUCCAAGUCGGCCACGGGAAGGACUGAUUACCUACUCUGCUGAAAUGGACUUGCCAUUGACCGAGCCUCCAAUGAGGUCGGGCGAGGUAUGGCAUCUGUGCCAAGAGGAUGGGAAAAGCUUUGAGAAGGUGAUCCUCUCAAUCCACUCCAACGGAUUCUCCAUAAGAUACCCGGAUGACAAUCAUCCAGCCAUGAGUAUAGCGUGGUCGCCAUUUUCCCUGGUACAAGCCUGCAGGCUUCACACGAUCCAGGCCGAUCAAUCGCAGCCGUGGCUACGUCUUUUCAAGGUUUCGGUGUUCCACCAUGGCAUCACCCAUUUUUUCGCUACACAUGGCCCUGUUGCCGACACGGAACGUGCGCGGUGGGUGGCCGACGUGUCGCGAGCUUUGCGGAUCCUGACGCAGUCUCUUUUCCCCUCCUUCCAGUUGGCGGUUUUCCCACUGCCUGGAGCAAGCUGGACAUCCACGCGGCUUCUAGCAGGGUACAUGCUGCUCUACGAUGACCAGGGCGUCUCGCUGGUCUACGGCGAACUUCACGCCCACUGCGACAACACCGCAGGCUUUGCGGCCUAUGAGGAUGACGCCUGCAAAGUGCAAGUGGUCCACCUCGCAAUUGACACGAACACCUGUGUUAGUGAACGGGUGGGCAUUGAUUGCAGCUGCUUCAGUCUUGGCGACCACCACUUCUCCACAAGAACCUGUGCCGAGAAGAUGCUGUGGCUGCGCGCCAUCAGCAACGUCAAGGUGAAACUCAGGCAUCUAGCUGCCACCCCUACUCCCAACGAGCUGCGCUUCUACCGUGCAGCUGUGAGGGAACAGAUCAACAGCUUGCCGCCGUCACCAGAGGCAGAGCCCACGCCGCAAGCGGCCCUGCUUCCAAGAAGACGGGCGACAUUGUCACAGCUUCCGCGUACGGGGCCUGUACAAGCAUUGCCGCUUGUGUCAACGGCUGUGUCAGUGACUGCCAAGCAACCAGAUUCAGGUGGUCCAGCAACCCCAAAUACAAGUCCGACCACUCCGAACAACGGCGUCGGUACUUCGGGCCCAAACUGCUAUGUCUCGCAGCCACUGCCGCUGCUGAAGGAGGGGGGCUCUGAUGGAAACGAACUUCCUCCGCCGCUGGAGCUUCCCCGCUCUACAAGGGUGGCCUUGGGCGAAGUGGGAGGUCACCAGCUGGCAGGGUUCGGCGGCGGGACGAAGGCACCAUCGGCCACCAGCAAAGCUGCGCACGUCAACGAGGCGGGCUGA